CACACGUGGGGGUUCAGUGCUGGGGCCCGACUGUGGGCCAACGGUGUUACCUCAGUGUUAAAAAAUCGUUUGUCGAGUGUGGACGUCGCGUUUUUGGUUUGCGCUGUGUUUUUCUUUUCAUUUUUUUGUACUGGCGUCAAUUAGAGGUGUUUUUGGAUGUCGGGGAAUGCUGGGGAGUGGAGGAAAAUAAUAAUCCCAGAAUAGACUGUCAGGAAGGCGAAAUAUUUGCCACCAGACGGCCAGGAGUCAUCGAUCCCAACGGGUUACGUGUUAUUUAUCGAAAAUCAGUGACAAUUGUUGUGUUAUUAGUGGUUAGUGUUUUUGACGCGACGCCAUUUUACGUCAUCAGUUCUACGGAUUUAAGAAACAUAAAUAUCUGUGGAUUCCCGGGGGUACGGGAAUGGAUGACGGAGUUGUUUACGGGAUCUGAGGACAGAAAAAAAAUGUGAUCGAAAGCUCUCGACUAGGCAAAGAUGACCGAUGAGGGUGUACACCACGUACGCCUGGGGCGCUCGAGACUCCUUCAAAAAGAAGAACUGAUGUACGGUGAAGCGGUUUACCAUCAAAAACCAAUCGUCGAGCGUCACAGGUUGACCCCAAGGCGUAUCGAUUCACCCCGUCACCCUGAGACCCUCUCACACGCGAACAAUGGAGUUACUCGUCGUCAACCAAAACCCCGCAUCAAGUACCAAAGACAGACACCGGCCCAGUACUCAAGCAGCGAUGAGAGUGCUCCAAGGCUUCCAAACAAAUCCAAGAGCACUAGCUCAAUAGACACCCAAUCAGUAAACAACAUUCUCGACGAAUUCGAGGAUUUGGAUGGCAGUGGUACAUCAAACUCCAGCAUAAGCGUCACAAACUUCGAAUCAAUGAUGAAUAAUCGUAGGAAGCAGCGAGCCGAGAGACAAAUAAUCAAGGUUAAUCAGCAGACACAGGUGCGCCAGAGAUCGAGAGACAGAGGUGUACCAAAGAGUCCAGAUAAACCAUCGCCAGCGAUUAAACAGGUUCCCGAAAUUUUGCUGCGAAAGGGUGAAGUACAAAAACGAGUUGACGAGUGGUUGAUACAGAGUCAGACGCAGCAAACACCAACACCCCGUGUUUCCCUGACAAGAUCGACAAGCAGUGCAGAUCAAAAAAGAAAAUUGAUAUCACCUGAGGCACGUCUCAACGGUACAACAAGCUGUGAUGAUUUAAAUUGUGAGCAGAAGACUGAUCAGAAGGUCAGUGUGAGCGUUGGGGUGAAUACAGGGCCUCUUGGUGGCAGUAAUUACCGAGAGUAUCCAAGAAAUCGGAUGAAAAUUGAUAAUGACACUGGUGCUGGGAACUUAAUGACCUCGAGAAUACCACAGAGACAGGGAAUUGAUAAAAAUUCACGGAUUAAGUACAAGCAGAGCAACGGUGGAAGGCUGACCUCGAGGCAUUCGUUUAAACGUACACGUAGUGGUGAUCGUACGAUGCCAAAUAAGGCGGGUGAAAGUAGACCUGCAAGGCAGAAUAAGGUGGAAGAAAUUGUCCAGAGAGUUGAGACAGCUAAAAUACCAGUGGAUACUGAUGACAAUAAUUCGAGAAGACCACCAGCACCACCUAGGAGAAAUCACAGAUCAGAUUUGAGUAGUUGCUCAAGCUUCAAGCCUAACAAGACAACAGCUAGUGCUCCCCAUUACGCCAGAGAUGUUGAAAAGAUUUACGAGAUGUCACUGAGGCCUGAGGUCAUUCAUGCUGAUGAUCUCAGGGCUGUACUGGAGCCGAGUGCUAAAUCAUCGGCUUAUGGGGAGAGCUCUCGUGAUGAUUCGGUAACUGAUGAUUUUGGAAAAAUUUAUCCCGACAUUGGAUUGGAUCAGUGCAUCAGAAUUCAGAGGAGAUUACCAAAGAACUCGACUUUCGAUAGGCGUGAUUUUGAUGGUGGAGCCAGAGACAAGGGUACAGAUGAGAGUGAACCGACUUAUGAGACACUCGAGAAUGUUUUGAAGGAUUCCUACGAGGCCAUGAGCACCUUGAAGCUCGACAGACAUCUCGCUGAUAUGGAACAGAUGAAACUCGAGGUCAAAGGGAAUGAUGUAAUACAGAAGGCAGUGAGUGAGGAAAAUAUGGGUGGGGAUGGGGUCGGUGAGGUACAUAAUGUCUCCGAUAGUGAGACAAAGGUAUCCGUUAAUGAAGUACUUGUGAAGAACUUGUGUUUUCAUCAAGAUAUACCCUCGGAUAGUAGGAGUGAAACAUUCAGACCCGUGGGUGUUACCAGUUACCAGAAACCAUUUAAUUUUAACAGUGUUCUUAGUGAUGAUUACGAAGCUCGGGUUAGAGAAGCUUCCAACAUGCUGGAGUGCAAAAUUUAUGUUACCAAAGAGGAGAUGGAGCGGCAGAGGCUUAUGGAUUUGCUGAGGAAACGGGAUUAUGAGGCUGUUAAACUGGAAUUGGAGAGAAGUUACACACUAUCGACCCCAGGAGGUGGAAGUCCAGUUUGUUGUCCCCCAUGCAGUCCACCACCUGCUCCAGCCGCCUAUAUAUCAAGCAUUCGUGCGUCAUCGAGGAAAUUCGGUGGCAGUGGACCAACAUCCCCAGAUCGUGAUCCAGUUGGUAGACUACUCAGAUACUUAAAAAUGUAUUACCGAGAGCUAGGGACUAGAGAUCCACGUCAGCUACCCCCGUGGAUUCUUCCUCUGCCCCUGGGCACCCUGUGCCCUGCGCACUUCCAGCCUCACCUCCAGCUGAUGCACAAGAGCGAUCAAGAGCACAGACUCGAGUCCAUAAAGAUCGAUCAGAUAUUCUCAUCAGUGAGACUGAGCGAUGGUUUACUAUCAGAGGCACCAAGACGAGUGGCGAUCGAGGGUGGUCCAGGUAGUGGCAGAACAACCCUGUGCAUGAGACUCCUCCACCAGUGGGCAAGCAAAGAGGAUGGUCCAGCUCUUGCCUUCAUAAUUCCCCUUCGAGAGCUACGUGGCACAUCACUCCUCACAUAUUUAACUCGUGAAUUCCUCACUAAAUCGGCAUCACUCACCGAGGCAAUGGCCCAGGUAUGGCGCACCCUCCACCUCCUCGAGGAUCGAGUCCUCUUCAUUCUCGAUGGUUACGAUGAGUGUCCGGGUGGUAGGCAAUCGCUGGCCGAUGCCGUUGAUCUGUUAGAGGCACGAUUAUUCCCCGACGCUAGAAUAAUCGUAACGUGUUCACCAAACAAUUGGACAACUCUAUCACCAAUGGUACAGCGUAGAAUCCACUUGGCUGGGCUCGAGUGGAGUCACGUUGAGCGUCUCUGCGUUGCCUAUUUCAUUCACAAUAAUUUAUCAGAGAGAGCUUGUGAUUUUCUCGAGUGCCUCAGCCUACAGUCACAAACGAUUAAACAAAUCGUUCAGCAUCCACUCGGUUGGUUGAUGCUGUGCACCCUUUAUCAGGAUUGUGGUACACUACCUUCACAGCCAAGUGCUGUUGUUCAGGAAGGGGUUAAAUCGAUAAUAAGGAGAUGCCUUGACAGGCCAUUGACACCAGACGAGGAGCUGCCAUCGCACUGCAGGAAACGUCUCGAGGAUUUUGGAAAAUUGUCACUGGCUGCUCUCAGAGAGGGCAGAUGCUGCUACACUGAGUCUGAGAUAAGGACACGUGGUGGUGGUGUGGAAAUUGUUAGAUUUGGAUUUUUAUCCAGAGGAUUCACCUUUGGACAGAGAAGAAAGGUAGAGCAGUACACACCAAUUCAUACAGCUGUUGCUGAAUUUUUCGCUGCGUACUAUCUCGCAUCGAUAUCUCAAUACGCCAACAUCUUGAGAAGGGAAAUUGAGGGAUUGCCCAGUGGAAUAAUUGGAUAUCUUGCUGGAUUGCUUGGGCCAAGGACACAUCUUGUUCUGAAUCAACUGUGUCCACUGGAGGUGCCUUCCAGGACAAUUUUCUCAUUGCUCAAGGCUGCCGGUACAUCUGACGGAAAUAUUUUAGCUGUCUGCAGACUUCUUGGGGCUGCACCUGGUUUCGGUCCUGUACCUAAUGAGAGACCACCAGCUCCACUCGUUCAGACUUCACCUCUUGAGCUAGAGGGAUGGGCAAAAAUUCUGGGGAGUGAUGCCUGCACACUUGAGGCACUCGAAGUUGUCUUUCAGGUGGAGCGAGGCGCUGAUCCCACUUGGCUCAAUGAUUUCUUCAAUGCUCUUGCUGAUAAUGAGAGUGUCAGGCUCGUCAGGAUUACCUCGUUGCUGGGCCAGGAGUUCCCUGCUGACGAGGCACAACGACUCGCUGGACACCUCAAGAGCGUUCUCGGGAAAAAGAGACUCAACGAUUUCGAACUCGUUAUCACUUGCUUGGAAGAGGCUGCGCAUGACAGGUUGGAGUGUGUGGUUAAUGCACUUUGUCGUGGUUUGAGUAAUGCAUCGGCCCACCUGGCGCGACUGGUACUCGACAUGAAUCUGUCCGGUGAACAAGUCAGUAGAGUCUGUACAGCAUUGCGCGAUUGCGUCCAAGUGCAGGCACUGCACUUGCCCCAUUUGAGCUGUGGUUGUGAAGGUCUUGCAUCGGUUGCUGAACUACUCAAGGAGAGGCCACUUCUAGCACUCAAUCUAGCUGGAAGCUGGGGAGCCAAAAACGAGGAUCCAUCCAGCUCUGGAAUCAGCAUGGGAUCUGGUUCCGGUUCGGGCAGCAGCGGUUGUGCAUCGAGUACACUUGGUACUCUACCUCUGAACAAUCGUUGUUACUCGUCUCUCCCACGUGGUGCACUUGCUGCCUACGGUAGUCUCACAAGACCUGCGACACUUCCACGUUUACCACUUGGCAUUGGUCUUGGUACCAGUGGAAAUGGUAAUGGUACAUUGCCGCAGAACGAUCGAGACAGGGACAGCAGCAAUGGCAGCUCCAAGAGAAAUAGUGAUAGUGUACUGUGCCAUCGUUUACCUAUGCAUCCACUACCAACUUGUGAUGUUGCCUGCCACCAGGGAACGGGCUUUCACGAAAUUUUCAACGCCAUAAGAGAGCAAAAUUGCAAGCUGAGAUCCCUGAACGUCUCCAAGUGCCUCCAGGGUGGUCUAGAUGCUGGUUGUCUCGGUGAGACAAUCAGACGAGCAAAAAACUUGGAUGCUGUGAGGGCGGCUGGUGCCUCAAGGCCUGUAGACGUUAUGCCACUGGUACUAGCACUUACUGAAGCACCUUGUCUACAAUUACUCGAUCUAGCGAGUCCACGACUAGCCAUGGACGAUCAUCCCUCGAGAUUACUCUGCCAUGCACUCGCCAGGAACUCCACAUUACGAUUAUUGAGCCUGGAGGGAUGGACUUUUAGAAUUGAGGAGUCUGAUACGUUAUCAGUGUUCUCGGAGUUGCUGACUUGCACUAGUGUACGUGAAUUGAGCCUGUGCAAUGCCCGUCUGCAUUUAGCUGUUCACGAGGGUCCACUCUCGCGAUUAGGUAGAAGAGACGAUGCUGGUGCUGAACUGCUACGUGCAGCACCACCACCCGCUUGUCCCACCAUAGUUUUCCUCCGUCUGGCAGGAUUUCAAGUAUCAGUUAAUGACAGACUUGCACUACGGGGACCCCUUCUACUUCCCUUCUUGACUGGAUUUACAGCCCUGAGUGAGCUAGACCUCUCCCUGGAUAAAUCAGAGAUAGGAGGUAGCAGUGGAUCCCUUCUCUUCAUUGACGACAAAAUUCUCCAGCAAUUUUUCACAUCACUAUCGAUCCACCUCAAGAGUCUUCAAACCCUCAAGAUUAAUUACUGGAGGAUCAACCUGGAGGACACCGAUAAGACGAUGAGACAAAUAUCGAAACACAUCAAGACAACAAAUAUCAGUUUUGUCAAGGCUAAUGGAUUAAUUGUCACUGACAGCGUCAAGAGACAACAGGUGGAGCAUCUUUUUGUACAAACAUUGCUCGGUAAUUUGCAAUGGCUGACGUGGCUGUGCAUCGAUGGUGUCAAAUUAACCGAGAGCCAGUGCACCAGCAUCGGUAAAUGGAUAAAGGAGCGUUAUCCUGGGGUUCUCCUCGAGAUAAGUGCUAAGGACAUUCAGGUCAAAUCUAUUAAGGCUCUUGUUGCUGCUGUUGAAGAGGGAGGUAGAGCUGACGUUGGUUACAUCGGGGGGUCAACUUGUCGAAUUAAAAUUAAUAAACUUCAGAAAAAUUCCAAGACCAAGAAGAAGUGAGAGGGAAUCGGUGGCGAAAUAUCUAUUAUUCACUGAGAUACUCAUGAAUUAAUCCAGAUACUCUGCUUCGAUCUUCAUUAUUUUUCUCAUUCGACUCGAGGAGUUGGGACUAUCAUUUGUAAAUAAUGAGAUUAAUUUCAGGUUGGUUUACUCAUUUUUAUUGAUUUGCCUAAUUUUCGUACGUUCUUUGUAGAUUUCAGGUUUUAUUUUUUUAAAUCCAUUUGGCUGAUAUGUUAUUUGAUAAAAUAAAUGAUAUUCGAUGAGGCUGUUACAAGUAUAGACUAUUGUUGCUAGAUGGGGGUGUAAAAUAAGAUAAACUUGAGGGUAAAUUAUGAGAGGAGAGUAAUAUAUACGAUAUAUGAAGAAUGUCUAAGAAAUACUCGAGCAAUAGCUUUAUCCGUGAAAUUGUUGGGAAUUGAAGAAAUUUUAUGGUAUUUUUAGUGUAUAAAAUAAUUUUACGAGGUACUUUACACAAUAAUAAAAACCUUCAACUGCCAAAUAAAUGAAAGACAAUGUUAAUGAAGAUAAAUCGUGAAAUAUCGAGGGAAAUGAAUAUCACCACCAUCAACACUUGUUAGUAUUCCAUAAUAAAAAAACUAGAUUUUAUGAAUUCCCAUUGAGAAUUUAAUUUUGUAACUAUAAUUUAUCAAUUUGUAUAUUAGACUUGGAUUCUGCAAUUGUUUUUCGUAUUGUAAAUAAUCGAUAAAAAUUGUCAGUAAAAUAAUAAAAUCAUGAUAUUCCAUUAAUCUAGUAGAAUGUAUCGUGACUAAAAUUGUUAUUAGGAUUCCCUCCGAGUGUUUUUAUCAUUAAAUAUUUAUGUAUUUAUAUGUGUGCACAUAUCCAUGGGAAAAAAUAAAUGU